UGUAAUAAUACUCCUUGAGUGGGUAGUUCGCCAUUUUUUAUUUUGUACCACUUUAAAAAUGGGUGUACAAGUUGAUGUUAAAAAACCAGGAGACGGCAAAACUUUCCCCAAAGUAGGACAGACUGUAAUUGUUCAUUAUACAGGUUGUCUUCAAAAUGGAAAAAAAUUUGAUUCAUCUCGUGAUAGAGGAAAGCCAUUCAAGUUCAAGAUAGGAAAGGGUCAAGUCAUUCGGGGAUGGGAUGAAGGUGUAGCUCAGAUGAGUGUUGGUGAGAUAGCUACAUUAACAUGCUCACCAGAUUAUGGUUACGGUUCACGAGGACACCCCGGUGUUAUCCCUCCAAAUGCAACUUUAAUUUUUGAUGUGGAGUUUUUGGGUAUUGAAUGAAAUGCGGAAGAAUCCCACUGAUCGAGUUUUGUAGAAAGAUUUUUUUAAUUUGCUAUUUACAAGUAUAUUAAAUUUGUAAGACUUUCCAGUUUUAUUGAUACAGUAAAUAUUCAAGUACA